AUGGCCGACACCCCGACUCGGUCUGAGGCCGACAACCUCAAGAGCUUCUCGUGUCUGAGCUGUCGCCAGCGAAAGGUCAAAUGUGACCGCCGCGCUCCGUGCAUCAACUGCGUAAAGGCAGAGCGGGCAUGCAGCUUCGUCGCGCCGGUGCGUGGCAAGAGGAAGCGGACGAAGCCGCCAAAGGAGACGCUGCAUGCGCGGGUGAAGCGGUAUGAGGAGAUGCUCAAGGCGUAUGGAGCCAAGAUUGAGCCUUGUGAGGAUGGAGAAGGAUCCGAGUCGGAGAUGGAAAGCGGCAGCGGGAACGGUACCCCUGAGAUGGGGGGCGACGUUGUGCCGCUGAAGUUGCAGACUGGUCGUGCGAAUGAGGAGAAGCCCAAGUUUAUCAUGAAAGAGGGAGCAUCGAGAUAUUUCGAUAGGUAUCCAGACGGCAAUCUGGACGAGUCGGGGCUCUUCUUUGAGCCAGAGAGCGAAAAGAUUGAAUCGCUUGUCAAACUCCAUCUCUCAACGCCACUGCUGUCGAGGCUCAGAGACAUUUACAAAGACCGCGUCGACCCGAUGAUGAAGAUUCUGCAUCUCCCGACGUUCUGGGUUACCAUGACAAACGCACUGCAGCGACCUCUCGAGAUGCCCAAGGGCUUGCAAUCGCUCGUCUUUGCGUGGUAUCUCGUCGCAAUCAGCUCGCUCAAGGAAGAAGAGGCACAGAAUCUGUUCGGAGUGCCAUUGUCAGCCAUUAUGAAACGCUAUCGAGUUGCCACACGACAGGCCUUGGUCAAUGCCAGAUUCCUGUCGACUUCAAACCUCAUGACUCUUCAAGCCUUUUCCAUCUUUACGAUCUGCGUCAGAAAUGUGUACCGCUGCGACACCCUCUACAUCCUCUCUGGCGUCGCCAUCCGCCUUGCCCGUAAAAUGGGCCUCCAUCGCGACGGCACAUUCCUUGGCCUCUCGCCCUUUGAGACGGAGAUGCGGCGUCGUCUCUGGUGGCAUCUGGCGCACGUCGACUGUCGGACGGCAGACGUCAUGGGCACGAAGCCCUCUCCCGAGAUAUCCAGCGGCGACGUGAAGUUGCCCAUCAACAUCGACGAUGACGAGCUAUAUCCCGAAAUGACCUCGUUCCCAAAGGAGCGCAACGGCAUCACGGCGGUAACUCUGUGUCUGCUCAAGUGCGAGGUUAUGGAGACGCUGUGCAAGUUUGCCAAGGUCUAUCCCACCGAUCUGCGCUGGGAGAUGCUCUACAAUCCAGAGAUCUCCCUGGCGGGAAAGGACAGAAUCAUCGAAGCGGUGGAGGAUCAUCUGGAAAGAAAGUACUUGCGGUACUGCGACCCGUCGAGCCCCCUGGACACCUUCAUCUCCAUCAUGGCGCGGUCGGCAGUCUGCAAAAUGAGGCUGUUCGCACACAAUGUACGACAGUUUGCACAUCUGUCGGCAAAAGCCUCUCAAGAGGACCACGACGUCUCCUUCUUCAACGCCAUGAAGCUGCUCGAGUAUGCCAACUUGAUUCAAGGAGGACACAUGGGCCUGGACAAGUUCACGUGGCAGAUAGGCACCAGCUAUCUCUGGAACACGAUGCUGUAUCUUCUCAUCGAGGUUCGCGCGCGCAAGGCUCGGCCCGAGGUCGACAAGGCGUGGAAGUUGAUUGGCGUUGUCUUUGAGCGCUGCCCUCAGGUGUUGGAGGAGUUUAACGGGUCCGUCUAUGUCGCCCUGGGCAAAUGGACCCUCGAGGUCUGGAACUCUUACGUCGCUGCAUCAAAGGAAGAGGGCCUUCCGGAGCCAGUCGCACCGCAGUAUAUUCACGAUAUCCGAGAAUGGCAGCGGCUCAAGAAGGAGUCGGAAGCGAGGGCGAGACGCGACAAGGCGGAGGCAAGGCCCAUGACGCGGAAUCCGUCUGUCCAUGACAAGUUUUCGUAUGCGGAUUAUCUGGAAGGGGGGUUUUCGGACGUUCAGUAUUUCCCGAACCUGCUGUCGUUUGAGACGGAUCCGAACCAGUGGAUGCAGUGGGAGCAGAUGGUGGCAGAGCAGGCGGGCUUCUAA